AAAGUCAUUUUCAUUCAACGUCAGUCGAGGCAACAACAAGCCACGACUGAAAAAUUAAUAAAACACUUUUUAAUUUAUAAAAAUUUACACCCUCGCGCAAGAAAAACUAGAAAACCCGUGCGAAAUUAUACAAGUUUUCCUUUUUUUAAGUUGCCCCAUCGAUUCAAAGUGGUUAGUGGGCCACUUUACAAGGAAGUAAAAUUUUUGUUUCGACCCCACAGCAAAGUAAAGCACACGCAAUUGGUUGCCCGCAGGACCCCACCCUCACCACGGAGAGCCCCAGGCAACCGGGGCCACAAGCAGCUCGUGCAUCGGGGAAGGACGGCUACGCCGCCCCUUCCGCCAAUAAACGACGCUGGGUCCCACCAUCGACGCUCCGGCUCCGCGAUGCGGCUGCCACGCCUGAGUCUCGUAAUGACCAGGUAUUCCGCAAGGUCCGGGGUAUUCUCAACAAGCUCACUCCAGAGAAAUUCCAAAAGUUGAGCGAUGACUUGCUGCGCGUCGAGCUGCAGUCACCCGUCAUCUUAAAAGGAGUGAUCAUCCUUAUCUUCGAUAAGGCGCUAGAUGAGCCGAAAUACUCGUCGAUGUACGCUCAGCUUUGCAAAAGACUGAGCGAAGAAGCGCCAAAUUUUGAACAAGGCGACGGUAGCAUCAACACCUUCCGCAUCCUCCUGCUGAACAAGUGCAAAGUCGAGUUCGAGAAUCGGGCGGCCGCCGUAGCGCGCAACAGCAAUGGCAUCGCCGAGGGCGGCUCUUAUCUCGACAGAGAAGAGCUGGAGGAGCGGCGUCAAACGGCCAAACGCAAGAUGCUGGGCAACAUUAAGUUCAUCGGAGAGCUCGGCAAAUUGGAGAUACUAUCCGAGAGCAUAUUGCAUAGGUGCAUCAAAGAAUUGUUGGUGCGACGCGGCGACGACCCCUCCGAAGACCUGGAGUGCCUCUGCCAAAUCAUGCGCACGUGCGGUCGCAUCCUCGAUACGGAAAAAGGAAACAACCUCAUGGACCAGUACUUCAAUCGGAUGCGCACGCUGGCAGAAAAUAUGGAUCUGCAGCCCCGGAUAAGGUUCAUGCUGAAAGACAUAAUCGAUUUGAGAAACGACAAAUGGAUGCCGAGAAAGGCCACUGUGGUCGAGGGGCCGGUUCCGAUGGCCCAGAUAAGACCGGCCGAAAACGACAGGUCCGGGUUCAGGAGAGACAGGAACCAUCAGCACGGCGACAGAGACUCUGACCGCAACCAUACCGAUAUGUUGUUUAGGCACCCGAUGAGAACCAGAGGCGGUUUUGAUGAUAUGCUUUCGGGAUUGAAUUUGACAUCGCCGGCGCCGCUUAUACCGGUAGGACCUCCUUUUGGUGGACCUAACGGUUUUGGAGGACGUGAUGGCAGAGACGCCCCCUUUAGAAACGACAGAAGAACUAAUCAGGGCUUCAACAAUGGCAAUUAUGAGGGCAGCAGGCGUGGACAUUACAAACACAACCAGAACAAUUCAGGGUCCAAUUUCAAUAAUCAAUCAGGCAAAGAUCUACCGCCACGUUUCAAACGCAACAAUCUCAUCGUGGCGAAAGAGGAGCUGCAAGAAGUCGAGCUGCGUCCCAACUCGAUGCUGUUCCACAAGGCGUCGGUGCGCAAUCACAACGCUGCCAACGCGCAGCCGCAGCGGCCCGCGCAAGUCGAAGUGCCGUCGUUCGGGGGCGGCAAACAGCCGCCCAGCGCCGUCAAGGAACCGUUGCCAAUGAAACAGCUGGCCCAGGACAAGCCCAAGUCUAAGAAAGACAAGGGCCCCAGUAAAGAAGAAGUAUUCAAAAAAUACAACACAUUACUCGACGAAUAUUGGAAAGGAGAAGUAGAUCUAAAACAAGCAAUCAAUUCCUACAAAGAACACAAAGUACCAGAAAAAUUUGUCAAAGAAGUAAUCCUAUCAGGCCUCUCAUUGGCCUUGGACAAAUCGGACGUCGAGCAAGAAAAACUAAUCAAACUCGUCGGAAAUCUGAAAGAAGACGGCGCAGUCUCGGGCGGCGCAGUCCAAGAAGCCUUCAAAUCUUUGUGUCACGUUUUGGAGCAACGCGAAGCCGAAGCGGAAAAAGUCAUCACGGCUGCUUCCGGUUUAUUGGCGGCCGCGGUUUGCGAACAUUUAGCUCCGCUGUCGGAUAUCGCGAUGCUGACCGACAACGGAGCCCACUAUCCGUUGUUCUUAUUGGUCUUGCAAAGGGUCAAAACGAAGACUGGCAAGUCGGAAUUGAGCGAGAUGUUUAACAAAAGCAAAAUCAAUUUGAUGGCUCAGCUUCCUGAAAGUGACAAGACGAAAGAAAGGCUUUCUGAGAUUUUGGAGGAAAGGGAACUGACAUUUUUGUAUCCUUUGUUGCGUAUCCAGGCUGACAUGGCCAGGCAAUUGGCGGUGGAUCCUAAUCCUCAAACUUUUUACAAGUGGAUCAAGGAGAAUUUGGAAUCGGCCAACUUUAACGAUCCCGGAUUUAUUAACGCCCUGGUCACUGUUUUGAUUAAGUAUAUUACGCAAGAAGCCCAAUUAUCUGCCGGAGACGAAAAAGCAAUGAUUGAAAAAGAACACGCCCUAUUGAAACGUUACCAGCCGAUCCUGCACGCAUUCCUGAGAGACAAAUCGUCCCUUCAACUGGUCGCAGUGUACUCGUUGCAAAUGCACUUUUCCGGACAAAGUUUUCCGCGCGGUCAGCUCCUGAGGUGGUUCAUGGCCAUGUACGAGCUGGAGAUUGUCGACGAGGAGGCUUUUCUGAACUGGAAAGAGGACAUUUCCGACGCUUAUCCGGGCAAAGGACAAGCACUAUUUCAGGUCAACCAAUGGCUAACUUGGCUUCAAGAAGCCGAAUCCGAAGAAGAAGAAGGGGACGACUGAGCGACGACAUUUCCCCCUACCCCCCUGCUGAAGACAACCUCCUGUCAAUAAUAAUAAUUGAAUUUACGUCAAAAAAAAAAAAAAAAAAACACACGUACACAUUUUAUAAUCACGCCAACUAAUUAAGUAACAAUUAUUUUUUUUUGAAAUCGACGAGUCUUGAAAUAGAAGUUUGAAUAAUCGUUCCAUCAUCUCUUGCUCGACUCAAUAAUUUUUGUUUAUCUUAAAUAAGCUUAUAUAGGGAAAUUUGCAUAUUUUUUACUUUUUCUUAUAGAGUCAAACCAAUAUCUCAUUAUUCUAGUUUAGGUAAUAAAUUUUCUAUUUUUCUUGUUUUUGUUUGGUUGCCUGUCGUGAUUGGGCAGCUUUUGGGCGUUAAGUCAAUAAUUCUAAUUAGUUAAAACUUUCAUUCAAUUAAGUUAAAAUAAUAUUGUCCGGUUUGAGUGUGAAGUUUUGCUCCGACAACUACAUAGGUUUGAAGCAAAACUUCUAGUUUAUACUUUUGCAUGUAAUUUUUUUUUCUUGUCUUGGACUGUCUGUAUCUCUGUAGACGAUUUCUGAUUUAACUGUAACUUAGUAUAUAGACUCAAAAAAAAUAAUAAAAAAUAAAAAAAAUUUCAUUGUACUGUCAAAUUUGUGUUAAAAAAAUAAAUAAUUAAAUAAAUGGCGUCGAUGUCGUCUCUUUCGUUGUCGGCGUCACAAUUUCACAAUUUUUGUUUAAUUUGAAUCUGCAA